UUUACGAUUAAAUCUGUCACAUGUGGAGAAAAAAAACAUUGAUCUGAAGAAACUGCUCAUGCGCGAGAAACAUCAAAACAAGCACAAAGCCAGCUGUCAAAUCGUUGCAACAGCGGUGAACAUUACACAAAAUGUGUUACUAGGCUUUUAGUAUCUUCUAUUGGAGACCGGAUGUGGUGAUCAAAGCGUUUAUUUAUUUACCAGAUAGAUCACAUCCACCCGGCGCAGAGUUGACCCUCUGACUCACUGUGUCACUGUCUCGGUCAUGGACACAGGUUCAGUAGCAGGUAGGACCAGUUCGGUCUCCAAAGAGAUGGAGGGGAUAUGUGUCAUGCCAGAUAUGAGUAACAUCAAGUCGGAACACCCGGGUGGGAGUGUGGACGACACAGGUGCACAGAACGUGGCCAUGGGGAUCAAGUUCAUCCUGCCCAACCGCUUUGAUAUGAACGUGUGCUCAAGGUUCGUCAAGUCGCUCAACGAGGAGGACAGCAAAAACAUCCAGGACCAGGUCAAUUCCGACUUGGAGGUGGCGUCUGUUUUAUUUAAAGCCGAGUGUAAUAUUCAGACGUCGCCCUCACCAGGAAUACAAGUGCGUCAUGUUUACACCCCAUCCACCACCAAACACUUCUCCCCCAUCAAACAGUCGACAACACUCACCAACAAGCACCGUGGAAACGAGGUGUCCUCCACUCCUCUUCUGGUCCACUCCCUGUCCAUUCACCAGCUGGCAGCACAGGGAGAAAUGGUUUUCUUGGCCAGCAGGAUUGAACAAGAGACAGUGAUUAACCUGCAGGAUGAGGAAGGCUUCACCCCCCUGAUGUGGGCCGCAGCACACGGACAGAUAGCUGUCGUAGAGUUCCUGCUCCAGAACGGAGCGGACCCCAACCUGUUGGCGAAAGGCAGAGAGAGUGCUCUGUCUCUGGCCUGCAGCAAGGGAUACACAGACAUCGUGAAGAUGCUCAUCGACUGUGGGGUGGAUGUCAAUGAAUAUGACUGGAACGGAGGGGUUCCCGUACUCUACGCCGUCCAUGGAAACCAUUUGCGUUGUGUGGAAAUUCUCCUAGAAAGUGGCGCCGACCCCACCGUUGAGUCUGACUCUGGCUUCAACGCUAUGGAUAUGGCUGUGGCAAUGGGCCAUAGGAAUGUUCAACAGGUGAUGGAGGCCCACCUACUGAAGCUGCUGAUGGGGAUCAGAGAGUAACCCACUAACCUGGGGCACAAGAGGAGGGACUGCCUGUGAAUGGAAAUACAGUGGACACCAUAAAGAAAAGAGAAAUAAGGCUGAGGACAAUUGUGGAUCAUGUUUGAGACUGUUAUCUGUUAAGGUGAAGCACAGGUGGGAAUGGUUUUGAUGAAGCAUGUGAGUAUUUAUGGAGACAUGCAACUCAAAUGUGUCAGUUUCAGGCCACGGUUUUGGUUUUCUUUGAGUUUAGUUUGUUACAAUGUAAAUAAGUUUUGAGCCAAAUGCUAAUGUAAGAAAGUAGUGCUUAAACCCAAACGUCUGCUCUAAUCAUGCAUUGAUAUCAAUGGAAGAUUUUUGUGAAAGUUUAAGUGCACACUUUUCAUUUGAGAAUUUUGCUCAAGUAACGGGUAAACACUAUAAAGUUGGGAUGAAAUUAAGUAGAUCAAAUGGAUUGCUUUGGGGAAAAUGUGUGGAUGCUUCUGUAGGUAGGAUGUUUUAAUUUGUUUUUGUUUAUGACUGACUUACAUUGGAGGAAAUGGGUUGUUUUCAAUCAAAAUGGUAAAAAAGAAACAGCUUAACAAGAGCACUUUCUCAAGCAAAAAUGUUGCUAGGACUGUCUGGGAGUGGUCUAAGUGGAGAGGGGAAACUAACUGUUAUUGGCAGAGGUUUGGAACUACUUCUUAUUGCUCCAUUAAUGGAUUUACCGCCUGGUGAUGUCAUAGGCAGGCAAAAACUCCAACCCACCAAAACAGGCUGAAGUUUCAGGUAGUCUUUUCAAACAACUCUUACACUACAAUUGCAUAAUUUUCACAGUAUUAUUCCAACCUCAAUGUGGAAAGAUAUAUUAAACACAGGAAAAUCAUGUUUUUGCCUGCACUGGGCCUUUAAGCCUUUAACAUACCAUCCAAGGGUAAAUGAGUGUUCAAAAUAUUGCUGGUGCUGCUUUUUUGGUAUUGUAAAUAAAGUUUUUUUUUUUUUUUAAUCACUUUUCAUUAACAUUGUAAACCAUCUUGAGAGGGAUAAUCCACCCCUGUCAAUUUGGUGAAAUCUUAUGUUCUAUCAAUGGGUAAAAUUACUUUCCCCGUGAUUUAACUUCUAACUGGUCUGUGUGAAAUCAGGAAAUAGUGUAGUAAUGCAUCAUAGCUACAAUAAAGACAGUACAGUAAGAAGAUGGGCAGAAACUGGUUCUCCGAUAAAAUCCUUGAUACCACUUGGCUAGCUAAGCUCAUGCGCAGAAACACGUUAUUGGGUUGUGCCUCGCGCAAGUGCAUGCCGUCAAGUCAAAGGCACUCAAAUACAUUUGUAUUGGGUCACAUGCACAUAAUGCUUGUGUUCAUAACUCCAGUGCAGUAGUAUCUAACAAAACAAAGUUGCUUAGGAGCUAGAAGCAGAGCUGCCAUGUCUGUCGUGAUCUCCAUCGAUAUAAAGUUGUUUUUUAAGAAAAUGAAAACAUGUCAUUUUGUCACUUUACCGAGGUUGGGGUAAUAAAAUGUUCAAAUACUUAGGC